CGAGAUCAGGUGGUCCGGCUCCCUGACUUGGUUGAUGCAUGACUUCAGAUAUAUUUAUAUCUAUCGGUAGCACCCGACACUCAUGACAAGAGUUCAUCAGUUUAUACCUUUGAAGACACCACUAUGCAACUGAUGAUGUUUUACACAUCGGCCCAGAGGUUGUAUAGAGGAGUGUUUGUGUCCUACGGCAAACUUGUUGGACGUCAUCCCAUUGUAUUCAUCGUCGCUGCGCUGGUGUCAACUGGUCUCCUGGCUCUGGGUCUGCUUCGCCUGGAGACGGAGACGGAGCUUGAGCGUCUAUACACUCCCAUCAACAGCCAGGCUGCUCAGGACAGACAGAAGAUGAAGGCCAGAUUCCCAGAUCAGACAGGAACAAACUACAACAUUUACAGUCUGAACGCCGAGGACAGGUACGGAGAGAUCAUCGCCAUCUCAGACGGAAACGUAUUCUCCAAUACCAGUAUUUGUGAGAUAAGGGACCUGGUAGACAAGAUUAAACAGUUUAUAGUGGGUUUUGAAGGCAGGACACUCUACUACUCAGAUCUAUGUGCGCGCGCAUCAGAUAUGUGUGUUAUUAGCGGUGACUUCCUCUUACAAGAUAGUUUCCUUUCCUCUUUGGAGCAAGGGAAUGUCACCUAUCCGCUAUGGAACAACGUGGACAUCUCAUUCUUUGUAGCAGGUGUGAAUGUCUCGGGCGAUGUUCUCCAGUCAGCGUCAGUGAUGAAACUCACCUUCCAUAUGCGUCAGGACAAUGACACGAUGUUGGCGUCGGCGCUCACUUGGGAAGACACAUUUGUCUCACAUAUGAAGAACCAGUCCUCUUUCCUGAAGCAGCCAAGGGUUCAUUUCGCGACGUCCCAAUCUUUAGGUGAUGAACUCAACCAAAAUACGGAUGCUGACGUAUACUGGUUCUCUCUGUCCUUUUCGAUGCUGAUCACAUACGCAAGCCUCGUUGCAAGUGGAGACUGUGUUGGCUCGAGGAACCAUCUGGCCAGAGCUGGCAUCCUAGCUGCGGGAUUCGGCAUCCUGGCAGGCAUUGGUUUGGUGUGUCUCUGUGGUGUCAAGUGGGUGAACGUGGUCGGAUUAAUGCCCAUCGUUGUUCUAGCUGUAGGAGUCGACGACAUGUUCCUGAUGAUGUCGGCGUGGGCCGAGACUAACAUCCAUGGCGCCGAGUGGGAUAUCCCGACACGUGUUGGACACACCUUCAGCCGAGCUGGUAUCGGCAUCACUAUCACCUCUCUAACAGACUUCCUCGCCUUCAUGAUCGGAGCUACCUCCGACUUCCUCAGUAUCAGAAACUUCUGCAUCUUCAUGGCUGCGGCCAUAAUAUUAUGUUUCCUGUUUCAAACGACGUUUUUUGCGGGGUGUAUGUCUCUUCAAGGACGACGUGUGGAAGCAUCCCGCCAUUGCUGCACAUGCCACAAGAUCUCAAGUCGGGAGGAACUUCGGGAACAAGGGAGGCCAUUCCUGAUUAUAUGCUGCUGUGGAGGCAAGCCGCCCCGUGAAAGACGUGAUUCCAUCUUUGAGAAAUAUCCAUCAUUAUGUCUUACAAACUUUCUUCUCACCAUCCCUGGGAAGGUGAUAACGCUUGUGAUGUUUGUGGUCUAUGUAUGCUUUUCUGUCUGGGGUGUAGCAGGUUUAAAGCAGGGUUUGUUCCUAAACUUGCUUGUCCCUCCAUCAUCCUAUUAUCACGGAUAUAGCUUAUCUAACUACCACUACUUUGGGGUCAGGUUACCUGUCCAGUUUGUGUUCAGCCAAACAGAUAUUGAUUACAAAAACGAGACCACGCUCAAGCAUGUAAGGGAACUCCUUCAUAAUAUCGGACAAUCUUCGAAUAUGAAUAAUGACACUCAAGUAUGCUGGCUUUUGGACUAUACGUCUUCUAAACAAUUCAACAAAACUUCAAACUCAGCCUUUGUUAAGAAUUUGAAAAGGUUCUUAAAUGACAGGCCUGAUUUUAGAAAUGAUGUAGUGUUUGGUCCGAAUGAAACCAUAACGGCAUCCCGGUGCCACGUAGUUUCAAGAAACGUGCCUGAUUCAAUGGACCAGGCUAGUCUGAUGUUGUCAAUGAGACAGAUAUCCAAUUCCUCCGCUCUCCAAACAUGUGCCUACCACCCCAUGUUCAUCUACUUUGAGCAGUUUGUGUCAGUUCUACCGACGGUGCUGAGGACCGUUGGUGUUGCUGUAGCUGCCAUGGUCGUCGUCACUGCUGUCCUUCUCCCACAUCCCGUCAUUGUCGCCGUUGUCCUCUUCAACAUCCUCAUGAUCCUUCUCGGGAUCUUUGGCUUCAUGGCUAUCUGGGAUUUGAGCCUCAGUGCCAUCACAAUGAUCCACCUGGUGAUGAGUGUUGGUUUCUCAGUGGACUUCACCGUCCACGUGUGUUCUGCCUACAUGCUAAGUGAAGGAGAAACACGGAAUGACCGUGCAAGGGACGCAAUCAUACACGCUGCUGGUCCUAUAUUCAAUGGUGGUCUGUCAACAUUUAUAGGAAUAUGCACGUUGGUGGCUUCACAGUCCUAUGUGUUCCAAUCCUUCUUCCGCAUAAUGGUGUUGAAUAUACUGUUUGGUGUGUCGCAUGCAGUGCUUCUCAUGCCGGUGUUGUUGUCUCUAGUUGGUCCAAUAGGGUCAACACACACAGACCCAAUAGGGUCAAUACACCUAGACCCAAUAGGGUCAACACACUCAAAUCCAAUAGAGUCAACACACUCAAAUCCAAUAGAGUCAACACACUCAAAUCCAAAAGAGUCAACACACUCAAAUCCAAUAGAGUCAGCACACUCAAAUCCAAUAGAGUCAACACACUCAAAUCCAAUAGAGUCAACACACUCAAAUCCAAUAGAGUCAGCACACUCAAAUCCAAUAGAGUCAACACACUCAAAUCCAAUAGAGUCAACACACUCAAAUCCAAUAGAGUCAGCAAACUCAAAUCCAAUAGAGUCAACACACUCAAAUCCAAUAGAGUCAACACACUCAACCCCAUUAGGGUCAACACAGAUCCUCCAAAGGCUGUAGACCAAGAUCAGGCAAACAUCGAGUCUUAAUUAACGAAUUAUAGUUUGUUUGUUUCAGCUGUAUAAGGACAGCAUAUCAAUAAUCGAUUUUGGACAAGUCGAUUCAGUUUGAUUUUGUGAAUGUCGAUCUUGGCCGUCAGGGUACGACGACGAGCUUGACCACCUGACACACCAAGGCGCUCUUUACGACUAACAUAGGUUGCUUAGCAACAAAUGGAAACCCCUCGUCCCCAGGUGGGCACAGAAUAUAAUGGUGAUCAUGUUUACUGCGUGUAAUGCCUCAGUCGAAAAUAAACAUAGCUGUUCAUUUAAAUAUGAGUGUUGUUUAGCACUGCUGUAUUCAAUAUUCCACCCAUGACACGACAUACAAUGGGAUACACUGGAUAUAUAUUGGUAGGGUGUACCCUCAUUAGUGCUUUCACUGGGAAGGCUAAAUUAUAUGUGACUUUUAUUGUAGAUAUUUGUUGAUAACACAUGUAAUAAGUAUUCUUCCAGCGAGUGAGUAAGGGAUAGGAGUGAACGCCGCUUUGAACAGUAUUCCAGUUAUAUCACGGUGUGUCAUCUUGAUGUGGGAGGAAAGCCCGAAGUGAUGAAGGUCAUAGACGUUUAUUAUUCUGGUGAAACCGACCAGUACCAGAAUCUUGCUGACACACUAAGAAAUAAAAUCGUGUCGAAUCCGUAAUUUGAACCCAUGAUUAUAGGUGCCUGGCUCGCCUUAGGGGCGUAGGGGCGGUCGGGCAGCCUGGUGUUUAAAACGUUCGCUCGUCACCCCGAAGACCCGGGCUCGAUUCCCGACAUGGGUACAAUGUGUGAAGCCCAUUUGUGGUGUCCCUCGCCGUGAUAUUGCUGGAAUAUUGCUAAAAGCGGCGUAAAACCAUACUCUCUCACUCAUUUACUUAGGGGCGUAAUAUGGUUCCGUGUCAUCUUGUAUGCAGAUC